UUGACGCUGUGAGGAUGUGGGCAGGAAAUGCCAUGCAGAGCCAGCAGAAGCGUUCACGCUUCUUACCAUACUUGCACAAUCGGGUCGGUGCCAUCAACAAUGUACCUCGGUUGACGCCACCAUCCUCCAGGGAGCGGACACUCUCCCCCUGGGGUGUGACACCCGCACGCUCAGUGCUGAUUCUCUAAAUUUGGGCGACGACGCCGCCUUCCCGGCCUGCUUGCUUUGAAGACAUCGGUGGCUGCCUGGUGGUGGUGUAAGACAAGAAGGCUUCAUCUUGAGGCAAAAAAGGAGGUAUUUUGUUUUUUCCUCUCUUUUCCCGGUCAUGAGGGAGUAUAAAGUGGUUGUUCUGGGCUCGGGUGGAGUCGGUAAAUCCGCCCUGACUGUGCAAUUCGUGACGGGCUCCUUCAUCGAGAAGUACGACCCCACCAUCGAGGACUUUUACCGGAAGGAGAUCGAAGUCGACUCGUCCCCGUCGGUCCUGGAGAUCCUGGACACAGCAGGGACUGAGCAGUUCGCCUCCAUGCGAGAUCUGUACAUCAAAAAUGGACAGGGCUUCAUCCUGGUCUACAGUUUGGUCAACCAGCAGAGUUUCCAGGACAUCAAGCCCAUGAGAGACCAAAUCAUCCGGGUGAAGAGGUACGAGAGGGUGCCCAUGAUCCUGGUGGGCAACAAGGUGGACCUGGAGGCUGAAAGAGAGGUGUCAUCCGGGGAAGGCAAGGCUCUGGCCCAGGACUGGACCUGCCCCUUUAUGGAGACUUCAGCCAAGAAUAAAGGCUCUGUGGAUGAACUGUUUGCAGAGAUAGUCAGACAGAUGAACUACUCCACUGUUCCUGCUGGAGGUGACAAGUGUUGCUCUUGUGUCUUGCUCUAAACAAUCACAAUCAGUUGGGCCUUUAAAAAAAAAAAAAAAAAUCUCUUUUCACACCUGUUGUCUUAUGGUUUCGCACAAAUUGACAACAAUCUGAUGUUUAAUAGUCCUGGAAAAGUGUUUACAUUGACAAAGUACUUGAAUGUUUUCAACUUUUUUUUUUAUUUGAAAUAUAGCUUUGUAUAAUAUAACACUUCUCUGGAAACGUGCCUCAGUGGAAUGUCUUAUUGUGAAACCUAAGAGACAUUGCUUUUUCCCCUCAUGUACUUGUGCUCAGUGGUGGAGUCAGUGUUAAUGUCUGUCAUUGUUAAGAUUUUUUUUUUUCUUCCAGAAACGGCGGAAGAAAAAAAACUAGGGAUGGGCAGUUUGACAAUGGGGAAAAUGGAUGGUUAAUUCAUGUUAUUUUAAAAUAUUUUUGUAUUUAUUUUAAAUGGCCUAAAUGUGCAUCCUGCCCUCUUAAAUGACGUUAUUUUACUGCAAUGAAUGAAACAAGCAACAAAUAGCAUAGCUGUUGUUAUGGUGUUCUUCUUCACAGUGUAAAUCAGUUGUGGUUGAAUCAACAGCGCCUCUGCUGGUGACCUCCAAGUACUGCACUUCAUUUUAUCUAUUGCAUCAACAUGUGACUAAUCAAGUAAUAGAAUAAUAUGCCCAUCCCUAGUAAGAACCUGCUCUUUUACAUUUUAAAGCUUUUUUAUCCUUUUCCAGUGUGUUGGAAGUGUAUGAACAGUGGAACUUAGUGCACAAGGACCUUUAGUGCGCUGCUGUCGCUGCACGGGGUCAUGCAAUGACAGAUGACCCCGUGUCAAGUGCCUUCCCUGCGACUGUGCCAAGUCAGUAAGUGACUAGCCCUCCUUCCUCUGCAGUGCAUCUCCAUGGCAAUCAGAACUUUUUUUUUUUUUUUUUUUUUAAAGCCAAGGCUCUCUUUUUUGGUUUUGUUUUCCCCCCUCAAUCAGGCCCAGUGUGGAGGUACUGCAGUGAAGAAGCCAUGUUUGAUGGUGUUCUGUUGUUUUUCCUUGAAGAUGUGAUAAUAACCUUUUUAUUGUGAUUCUACCUUUUGGACAAAUCUGUGAUGAACAUGUCAGUAUUGAGAGAUUUGUAAUACAAAAGGCAUUUUAUGUACCAAUGAACUCUGUGCUUGUUUCUCAUUCUGAAGGCAAUUUACACUCACAGGACACAUAUAUAUGCUAUCCGUUACAGUAGCUUUCAUUUGUCUUACUGAUAUUUUUGCCAAAUUUAAAUGACAUCACUGGAAAUCAAUAUUAAAAAACCUCCAUAAUAGAAUAGGUAUGACAGCAAAAUCUAAUACAAGAACUGUAUCAAAAAUCCAGUAUGCCUUUAUUGUAUUUAUGUCAGCUUAAAGUAGUGGAAAUAUGGACAUUCAAUGUAAAGGCAUACAUGGUUGCAUGGAUUAAUGCUUUUAGUUGUAAAUAAGGCUGGUAAAAAUACAUACUGUUGCACAUCUAUUGUAUUUUAUAUAUAUAUCUAUAUCUAUAUAUAUAGAUAUAGAUAUAUAGUAUUGUAUCAGUAAACUGUAAAGCUAACAGUGUUGCUGUAAAUGUUCUUUGUGCUUUUGUCACCCCCGAAAAAAUGGAAAUGCAUGCUUUUCAUUGCAUUGUGACCUCAUCCUCAAAGUAACUACAAGUAUAAGAAAUUGCAGCAAAAACUGGCAAUGAAAUAUUUCUAAAGCAUGUUCCACUAACAGUAAAGCCAUCUUUUUGUGGUAUAAAAUUUGAAAGUAAAAUUAAUUUGACAGUAUCAUUUUUUUUUAUUCUUAGACCAAACCUUUAAUGUGAAAAUAUGCAAUGCAUAUGGUCCCAUAGUUAACAGGUGGAUAUACAGUAGAAAGUGGACACACCGCUCUUAAAAAACAUGUUUUAAUGCAAAAAAUGGGAACAUGAUAAAUAUUUCAAAACUGUCCUAGAAAUGUUACUAAUAACCUGUGUAAUUCAAUCAAAAGAUGAAUAUGUUAAGGGGGAAAAAGGAAAAGUACAAUAGGCUGGUUGCACUAUCAUAAUCAGUGCCCCAAAUGUGUCAUUGUGAGGGGCAUCUCUUGUGCAAAGCCCCCUUCAGGUCACCCCAACACAUUUUCGGUUGGAUUUACGUCUGGUCUCUUACGCAACCGUUCUGAAGUGAUGCUUUUGCUGUUUUGGAUGUAUGGUUGAGCUCAGUCUGCUACUGAAAGGUGAAAUUGUGUUGGUAUUUAUUC